AUUUAACUUUCUUUUUCUCCUUGUUUUCAAUAUUUGCGUUUUCCGUUUCAGCGUCAUCAUCUCUGGAAGCUUCAGGAAGCAUCAACACGUCACUAAAGUAGAGUAGUGAUAAAGAACAAGAAAGAUGUCGUACAUGUUGCCUCACUUGCAUUCAGGGUGGGCUGUGGACCAGGCAAUCCUUGCUGAGGAAGAGCGUCUUGUUGUCAUCCGAUUCGGCCACGAUUGGGAUGAGACCUGCAUGCAGAUGGAUGAGGUGCUGUCAUCGGUUGCUGAGACAAUAAAGAACUUUGCCGUGAUAUACCUUGUGGACAUCACAGAGGUGCCUGAUUUUAACACAAUGUAUGAGCUGUACGACCCUUCAACGGUGAUGUUCUUCUUUAGGAACAAGCACAUCAUGAUAGACCUUGGAACUGGAAACAAUAACAAGAUCAAUUGGGCUAUGAAGGACAAACAGGAGUUCAUUGACAUCAUUGAAACUGUCUACCGAGGUGCAAGGAAGGGACGUGGUCUUGUCAUUGCUCCCAAAGAUUACUCCACUAAGUAUCGCUACUAGAAUAUAUCAAUCUCUAUUGAGAUGUGCAAUUUGAAUGAUGUAUUUUACUUCUCGUCCAAUGGCGAAACUUACUAUGUCUGUGAUGUUAAACUCUAAGUGCUUUGCUCGCGAACACACAUCAUAGACUUGGCUUCUCUGAAAGAGAAUUUACAUUUUAUAGUAUAAGAAUCCUUUAUUGGGAUUGUUUAGAAUGAAUAAAAAAUAUUCAUUCCAUCUAAAUACAAAAUUUUCUCUUAUUUGGGGUUAAUAUGAGUUGAAAUCUAUCUUUUAUUCCUUU